AUGCAGCCUUCCACCUCUGACGAGUCUAGCGUAAUCAAUCGGAGCUGUUCGAGUCCCCUGAACGACAAUCAUGACAUGAAUUUUUGCAGCACCCCAUCACGCAAUGUGCCUUACAAUGAGAGCACUGACAAGCCUAUUGGGGGACAAGAAAAUAAUGAGAACGUUUUGGGCGAUGUCCCGCAGCAGUUGAAGCAGCACGUGCCAAGACCAGUUGUCAGUGACGGGGAACUACUUCCGAACGAUCGACGAUUGCCUUCAAUUGCGGUGAUUGAAUCCAGUGCAGAGGAACAACUCUGUUCAGAGUCAGAUCAGUCUCGUUUGGCGGGGUCUGAGGAAGCAUUCAAUCGAAAAUUAGCAGAAGUUGCCCCUAAUCUAGAUCUUCCAUCCGCGAUCACAAAGCCGCCUCGGCGAAAGGCCUUUGAAGUUGCCCAGACACGAAUCGUGGAACAAAAAAACCAGCGACCCCGCGACUGCCAACCGGGCCUUGAUGCUAUACCUGCCCGCCGUCCCAACUGCUCUGACACGGAAGAGAGCCCGCGUCUCGCGAAGAAACGCAAGCGUGCAAUUAGACCUCCAGGGCAAAGUUACAUUUCUCACCGCCUAAAUACAGCUAGUCCAGAAUACGUCGCCACCCUAUUGCCCCAUCACCUCCGGUAUUUUAUCUUUUAUAUACGCGUCAUAUUUUACAAAACGCUUCAAACCGGCCCCAUCCGUUCCCAAUUAAUCAUCGUUAGGCUGGUAUUCCAGUUCUGA